AUGAAUAUAAGGACGAGUGACAUAUUUAGUGCUCUUCCUAUACGCAUUUCAGCAGAUGGCUCUGAUGAGCAUGAUAUUCGCCUGAGUAAGUCACAACUAGCCUGGCUCUCUUUAUCAAAGCAAUUCCUGAAUACAGUCUCAUAUUCUGAGCAGAUUAUCCAGACAGAGGCGCACUUAGAGGUAGCCAGAAAGGAUUUGCAAGAAAAAGGCAUAAUUAUCCAAGAGAGAAUAGAACCAAAGGCAUAUACGAAUGAAUACAGCAUAAAGGGAUCUGUCUUGCAAGAUAGUUCUAAUAGACUGUUAUUUUUGUGUAAAAGAUUGCAAGAAUUGGAAGAAACAGAAAAUACCAGAAAGUCCGUUAUAAAAUACUUCUGGAAGAAGGAAUAUAUUACAAGAAAGGAGAAUGACUUAUUAGUGCACAUACAUAAUAAGGUGUUCAUUUCUUGCAAUAUCUUGGAGAAGGGUCUUAGUGCGUCUUAUAUUGAAGGAAUAUUAUAUAUUAAUGGGGUAGAACAUAAAGGGUACUUGAAAGAGAAGAAAAUUCAUGAAUUCAAGCAAGAAAGUUUUGAAGAAUUAAAAGAUGCCAUACAUGAGUACAGAGACAGAUUGAAUAGUACGGAAAUACUGCAGGAAUAUGUAACAGAGAAUGAACGCUUUAAGGUUAGGCGAAUUGAUAAAAUGCCUGACACGCAAAGUAAACUUGUAAUAUUCAUGCUAUGCGCAUUAAAGGAAGGAAUAUCCUUCAGUAAAGCAGUAAAUAUGGUUAAGAAUAAUAAAUAG